CCUCCAACUCCCCGCACGAAAACCGCCGUCAUCGACUGCCCGAGACCGACAGUGAUUCUCCAACUCCCUCGUCGAUUCCCCGAGACCCCGCACGGCGACGAUUCCUGAACCCAACUCCGAGUUGAUUCCCCGAGACCUCCCUCCUCCGCCUCAGCGGUCCCUGACCCACUAAGAUGCUGAAGUUUCUUUUACCCUUGACAGAUCACUUUCCUAGACGAGUCACAUAUAGGGCAAUGGUUACUUUAAAACAAUCAAUGACAAGUUUGAGGAGCUCGGGUUGAUAGAAUGGGUGAAGGAAUCCCCUUUCAAACAAUUUUUCAUGGCUGAGAAGUUAGACUUCUCUGCAUCUCUCAUACAUCAAUUAAUGUUGCGCAAGAUCCAGUGUAUCAAAGAGGAUGAGUUGCAUUUACAUUUGGGAUCUAGACCCUGUAGAUUUGGUAGAGGCAAGUUUGCUUUGGUUACGGGGUUGAACUUCAGUUCCGGGCCAUCUGAGACUGAUUUGAAGAAAACUUGACUAGUGACCGCUUAAUCAAGGAGUACUUUAAUGAUGAAUACACAGUGAAGAUAAUGCAUUUGGAGGCUGCUUUAAAAAACUGCAUUGUAGUUGAAGAUGCCUACAAGUUGGGCCUGUGUUUCUUUGUUGAUGGGGUUUUACUUGCACGAGAGGGCAAGUUAAAUGUCUGGAUAGAUUCGCUGAAGAUGGUGGAGAACACUGAGUACUUCUUUACUUACCCAUGGGGGAAGGUGUCUUUUAACAAGCUUAUGGAUUCAUGUAAAAAAGACAUGCAUCAUCAGAAGAGGAACUAUGAGAAGAAGGAAGUUAAGGGGAAACAGAAAGAAGCAAAAUACACUUUGUAUGGUUAUGUCCCUGCAUUGCAUUAUUGGACAUACGAAGCCAUCCAGCAGUUUGCAUGUGAGUAUGGUAUUAACCAUGGAAACCAGUUUCUGAGGAUGCUCAGUUGGUUGAGCAAUAAGGAGCGUCCUAUUUCGAAGGCCGACCUUGCACCGAUGUUCAAGAAGACGAGUUUGAUUGUGUUGUCCAUGUUGAAUCCCCAGCCUUCGGAGAUAGAUUAUUAUAGCGCUCUGACGGAGGGUGAUGCUCCCUUGUAUCCCGGGUUGGGCCAAGAAGAAGAGGCAGAAACUCCCAUUGAUUUUGAGAAGGUGGCGGAGAUAGCUGCUGAGAUUGUGAAGGUAGCCAAUAUUUUUGUUGAUGGCCCUGAUGAUGAGGAUACCCCAAUCCCCAUCGACUCCACACCCUCGGCCUCAGCCCCAUCGGUACACCCCAGUCCUGAUCAACCUGAUUUACGGGAGGUGUUGGAGAGGUUGGAGCGAGUCGAGAGUCGUCAGGAUACCAUCCUAAAGAACCAGGCGGUCAUCAUGGAUGAUGUCAAUAAGAUCUUGACAUUUGUACAAGAUCUUCCAAAUGAUUCUGAUUCCGACUCACUUGACCUCCCAGAUGAUUUUGUCGUACAUGACAUAGGCACUCCUCCCCCGAUAGUACUCACAGCAAAUCCUGCGACCCCAGGUGUUGCUAUUAUAGAACCUAGGGAUGUUGCUGGUGUAGAGUUUGAAUUGGCCAAGAGGAAAAGAAGCAAACCUAAGAAAUUUGAAGACUACACUGACCCAACCAGAAAGAAAGCUCGUUUGGAUGCGAUUGAUGACGUGCCAUUAGUCCUCGACCCUUUAAAGAAGCCACUUGCUACACAGUACAGGAUGGUCGACAAGUGGUUGCUUGGAGAUAUUCCGAACAAGACGAAGAGGGAUGUCCAAACUAGUGUGUAUGGUCCGAGUUGGUUUCUGACGUUGAAGACACCAAAGUUUUGGAUCGAUGAUGGGCAUAUUGAUGCGGCCAAGCAUAUGCUACGUAGGCGUCGACAGUUCUAUCUCGGGGCGUAUCGACAAGAUGCUGUUGUGAUGAAUAUUAUGUUCUCACAAGUGGUACCGACCCGUUAUGAUGCAUAUCAGAAUGCCAAGGAAGCGGAUAAGAAAAGGUUUUUGUGGGAUUCAGUGAUAUCAAUGAUUACGGGAAUUGACAAUCAAUUUCUGGCAUCGUGGAAGGGAGUAAACACUGUAUAUUGGUGCCAGAACUACCUUCAAGCGCAUUGGUUUGCAGUUGAAGCCUACAUUUCUACUUGGGCUCUGAAUGUUUAUGAUUCAGAUGUGACUGUGAUAAGUGAUAAACAACUGCAAUCGUUUAUGAAGUCACAGUCUACUUUGUUCCCAUCGUUGUUAUUGCAGUCACAACUUUUCAAGGACGACCCUCAGUUGACGAUUCCACCUGGAGCUAAAAGAUGCAAAAAGUUCAAUGUGCACCGCAUGCCAGUUGAUUCAGUACCCCAAACCAAAGUCAGUGGAGGUUGUGGUGUAUACGUCAUCAAGCACAUCGAACACUUAUUGGGUAGACUACCACUUCAUACGAUCUGCGAUGACAACAUGGAGUUGUUCAGAAACAAAUGGACAGUUGACUUAUGGUAUCAUAAUGUUAGACAUUGA